AUGAAAACUAGAGCGGCUAGUCCAUCAGGGGAAUCGGCUCCUGCGUCUAUCCCCGAUGAAAACGCCAAUCAGAUCAUGGCUUGCAUUUACUGGGAUAUAAACUGUGCAGCACGGUUCAUGAAUCUACCCCACGCUUCGAAGACUGAACAAGAUACGGCAAUCACUGAGACCAUCAUCAAUAAUCAAAAAAGCUUUGUCGACCUGGUCGUGUAUGAGUACGUUAAGGUGAGUAAUACAGGCCCGAAUUUUAGUGCUACAAUUGAAGAUGUUUGGAUCCUCCGCUUUAUUCGAGAUCACGGGUGGAAAAUUUUCUCCAUUUGCGCUUAUUCUGAAGCUUUCCAACGUGCCUGUAAGGACCGGGAUGGAAUGGUUGAGUGGCAGCUCCUUGACAAACUGAUUGAUGACAAUGCACGCAGCAUCGAGCUAUUUGCUAGAUGUCGCAGUCUGGACUGGUCCGGGCCUUUGGUCCAACACGGGCGGUGGUCGUCUCAACUCAGGCAAACCCUGAGUCCCGAGAUUAAACAUCUUGGUAAGGACCAUCCACACCAUACAGUCAAGACGCUAGAAGGUCACCUUCGACGCCCCCGGUUCAACCAUCUGCUACAAGUUCAUGUUAAUCAACAUAUCUAUAAAGCAGAUGAAUAUGACGGUGCCCCACAUCCAAUACUCCGCAAACCGAACUGGGGAGCUUGCCCAUUUUGCUCCAGUACUGAUAUCUGCGAAUGCCGUGUAACACCAACUUCAGAUGAUGCGCUAGAAAUCAUUCAAUAUUCAUUGAAGGGGCUUGGAAUUCGGGCAUUGUCAAACUUCAAGAAAGGAGAGUGGCUCGGUGAGUUCAUAGGUUGCAUCGUUCCCAUUGAACGCGUGGAUGAAACCACAAUAUACGACUUGGAGCAAAUCGUUUGGGACAAAUCUUUCAAAGGGCUGCCUUGGGACGACCCGCAAAUCAAAGGUAAGAACAAGAUGAGGACGGUUGCAUACGUUGCUCCAGCUAUCCAGGGUAAUUGGACACGCUUCAUGAACCACUCCUGUAAUGCGAAUGUUAAGUUCACGGCAACGGUUGUUGGGAAGUAUGCUACCACUGUCAUUGAAGCUGUGCGGGAUAUUCUUAUUUUUGAUGAAGUCACAAUCGACUAUGGUCCAAAUUAUUGGACUGUAGAGGGCAGGACUUGCCGAUGUGGAGCUGCUGACUGCAUUCACCGUGAGAGGCCGUAG